ACCCCCCCACAUCUACCUUCAUAUAAGGAGUCUCAUUCCUUCUGAUCUUUCCAUCAUUAAUGCUUCAAUCUCUUCCAGAAAUCCUACAAUAACCCCACCUUCUUCUGACUUCAAUCACUGGAUUUGUGAAUGGGUUUCUCGAUCAAUAAGAACCCAUCUUGUUCUGUGACUCAAUCUCACUACCAGACCCACAAAAUCUUCCUCCUAUGCAACUACAUUCUCUUGGGUGCAGCCUCUAGUUGCAUUUUCCUCACCAUAUCUCUUCGUUUAGUCCCAUCGACAUGUGGAUUUCUCCUCAUUCUCUUACAUGCAUUCACGAUUGCCGGAGCCAUAUGCGGUUGCACCGUGCCCACAUCCGGGUCUAACAAAUGGUAUGCGGUCCACAUGGCGGUCAGUUUCUUGACUGCAAUAUUUCAAGGCUCUGUUUCGGUGCUUAUUUUUACUAGGACGACAGAUGUUUUAGCAAAUCUGAGAUCUUAUGUUAGGGAGGAAGAUGGAGCUGUGAUUUUAAAGUUGGCUGGCGGGCUUUGCGUGGUGAUCUUUUGCGUGGAGUGGGUGGUAUUGACACUUGCAUUCGUGCUGAGAUACCAUGCUUUGUUGGAAGGAGACGGGUCUGGAGGUAAUUCCAUUGACAGAAAUGAGAAAGUUGAAGAAGAGGACUUGAAGGAUUGGCCAUGGCCUUUCCAAGUUUAGAGUUGUUUUUCUGGAUGAUUGGUGCUUCUACCUUAAUUUGAUAAGUAUCGGAUAAGUAGAUAAGCACAUCCAUCGUAUUUACGCUUGUGUAAAAAAAAAUUUCAAAGAAAAUUAAGUGCUAGCUUAAUUCAAUUUAUGAAGUUGUAAUUGCUUGCAAUAUUGUAAUCUUUGGUUUGGAUUCUUUUUCUCUAUUGCUACUACCACUUCUAGAAUUCAUGGAGACGGAGGAGGAAUUAGAUUCUGAACUUUCAAAUUAUCAUAUUUUUUUAGCACAAUCAUAUGUAAUAAAAAUAUCAAUUUACAUUUUUAAGUUGUCAA